AAUAUAAAAUAAAAAGACGGAAUUGGCGAACGCCGCGGGGAGUCGAGAGCAGCGUGGCCGUUGUGCAGGGACGCGGUGCAGGGAUUUCGGGAGGGUGCCGCCUCCUGACGCAUGUGUCGCGCCGCGAGUAGCUCGUCAGCAUCGUCGAGAUCGUCGCCGACGGGGGCUGUUCGAUGCCGCUGCCCGGGGCCGCCUGGGAGGAAGCAGCUAAAGCGUCGAGCGUACCGUAGCGGCGAAGGGGUUAGAGCAGCGACGUCGUUGUUGUCGUCCUCGGCCACGGAGAUCCCGUGGGGCUUAAGCGAGCGCUGGGCCAGGAAGGCGCCGGAAGCUCGCGGGAUUGAAGAAGCGUAGCGAAGAAGAUGGCCUUCAACGAGAAGGUGGACCCCGAGUUGAUAUUUACGAAACAAGAGAGAAUUGGUAAAGGCAGCUUCGGCGAAGUUUUUAAAGGCAUCGACAAUCGAACCCAACAAGUCGUCGCCAUCAAGAUCAUUGACCUCGAGGAAGCCGAGGAUGAGAUCGAAGACAUUCAGCAGGUGCUGUGCGACAGUCCGUACGUCACGAAAUAUUAUGGAUCCUACCUCAAGGGCACUAAAUUAUGGAUCAUCAUGGAGUAUCUGGGCGGAGGCUCGGCCCUGGACCUGAUGAAAGCCGGCAGUUUCGAGGAGAUGCACAUCGCGGUCAUCCUUAGGGAAGUCCUCAAAGGUCUCGACUAUUUGCACAGCGAGCGCAAGCUGCACCGUGAUAUCAAAGCGGCGAACGUUCUUCUGAGCGAGAUGGGUGACGUUAAGCUGGCAGACUUUGGCGUGGCAGGCCAACUCACCAACACCACCAGCAAAAGAAACACAUUUGUCGGCACGCCAUUCUGGAUGGCGCCGGAAGUUAUCAAGCAGUCAGCCUACGAUUCCAAGGCCGACAUCUGGUCGCUCGGCAUUACGGCCAUCGAGCUGGCGAAGGGCGAACCGCCCAACAGCGAGCUCCAUCCCAUGAGGGUCCUCUUCCUCAUUCCCAAGAACAACCCGCCCCAGCUCACCGGCAACUACACCAAGCAGUUCAAGGAGUUCGUCGAGGCCUGCCUCAAUAAAGAUCCGGAGAACAGGCCGACGGCCAAGGAGCUGCUGAAGUUUCAGUUUAUCAGAAAGGCAAAGAAGAACUCGUACCUGAUUGACCUGAUUGACAGGUAUAAGAAAUGGAAGUCACAACGCAGCGAAGAGUCCGAGACGGAGAGUGAGAAUUCUGAUUCAGAAGAAUCAAAACAGGACAGUGAUAUGGACGAGCCAUGGAUAAUGACGGUGAAAGGACCGCACGGAGUCAAGGGAUCGUCGGUUGUUCCCAUGAUGCCCCUCGAAGAGCAGCAGCAACAACCAGCCUCGUUGAACCUCACUCAUACUCCAAACCACAGGCCUCAACAUAAUCAACAUAAUCAACAUAAUCAACAUAAUCAACAGCAGCAGCAGCAGCAG